CAGAGAGUGCUCCUUUACUAUGCAUUGAACGGACUGCCAUUACACAGUCAAAAUGACCAGCUAGAAGCUUUAGUUUAGAUUAUUUGUUAAAAACAACUCAAGAUACUUGUUCUCUAGUGUUGCAUUGCCUGCAGUCACAGGAUGGGGACUGUCUAUGCCAAGAGUGUUGACCAAGAUGCCGACAAGGAGUCUGUUCGGAAGAGCGACCGAAUCGACUUGCAGAGCCUCAAGGCUCAGGUGCAGAGGGUGCAUGUGGCAGGCAUAGGACGUACCAAGGAGGACAUCAUCAUCAGCAGCGUCAAGGAUGUCUUCUCCGCCAACAACUUCCAGUCUGUUGUACUGAAGAUCCAUGAAGCACGCAGUCGACUAGAGGAGCUUGGCUGCUUCAAGGGCGUGGAUGUCCUCAUUGACACCUACGAGGGAUCUGAUGCCCUCACUGAUGGCAUACAAGUCACAUUCGAAGUGGAGGAGGUGAAGGUGCUUGGUGCCCAGGCCAACACCGCCGUGGGGCAAAACGAGGCGCUCUUUAAUGGCGGCGCCGCGCUCAGGAACAUCCUGGGGCGCGGUGAGCACUGCACCGUCAGCUACGGCCGUGGUACUAAGAAGACAACCGCCUUCGCUGUCACCGCCGUCAAACCCAUCCAUGACCGCUUCAGAUCAAGAGUGACGAGCAGUGUGCACCAGAGUUCCCUGGAGGCGGGCUGGUCGGGGUACAAGCUGUUGGAGCGCGGCGCUGCUCUGGGCGUCACAUUCAACACCACCCCCACCACGAGCCACGAGUUGACAGCAGAGGCAGCAUGGCGACAUUUGUCCUGCUUGUCAAAGACGACAGCUUUUGGCGUGCGGGAGCACAGCGGCCACACCCUCAAGACCUCCAUCAGGUACUGCGUCAGCGUCGACACCAGGGACCAGCACAUCUUCCCCACCCGCGGCCACCUCCUCAGGGCCCAGACCGAGGCAGCGGGCUACGGUGGCAACGUGGGCUUCUCGAAAUCCGAACUCCAACUACAGGCCAACCAAGCUCUUGCUGGGGAGCUGUCCUUUGAUGUGGUCAGUGCUGGGGAGCUGCCCUUUGAUGUGGUGACGCAAGUAAGCCUGAGCCUAGGUCACCUCGCGCCUCUGGGGUCCAAGGGCUUCACCAUCGCCGACCGCUUCUUCAUGGGCGGCCCCACCACCUUCAGGGGAUUCCAGAUGGGGGGCGUCGGGCCCCACAGCGACAAGUGUGCCUUGGGCGCGCAGAGCUACUGGCUGGGCAGUGCACACGCCUACGCGCCGCUGCCGCUGCUGCCGCGAGGUUCCUUCGUCGACCGCUUCAGGCUGCAUGCCUGGGCCAGCGCCGGCACCCUCGCCGACCCAGCCGCGGGAGGCGCCGACGCAGCAGCCAACUUGGCCGCCCGCAUGAGUCUGGGGGCGGGCGUGGCCGUGAACGUCGGGGGCGUGGCGCGCGUAGAGCUCAAUUACUGCGUCCCAGUGAGACACAGACCCUGGGACAAGACCCAGCCGGGACUGCAGCUCGGCAUCGCUGCUGAUGUUCUUUAGCGAAGCUUCCAUGAUCCUGGUUCAUUGUAUCGCUUUGACUUUCACGAUAUUCUUGUUUGUUUGCUAUUGCAUCACGUAUUGCUGUAUGGUUAUCACUGUGUCGCUUUACCAAUACGUUCGUAUAGGUACAUAUACAGCGACGUGUAUGCACAUAGAUGUGCCAACGACACUCGAGUUGAAUGCUAAUCUUGGCAACGACAGUGAGUUUGAAUUUCUUUAGGGCAAGCGUCAAGAACGUGAUAAGGUCAUGUAAUAAAACUGUGGCAGUCAAGCUGUUUCCUCAUGUCAAUUUUUCGCUUGGGUCAACUUGACCGUGUUCAUAAUUAAAGGUUUUAACUUUCCUCGCUUCAUUUGCGUGUCGAUAUCGCUCUUGGUGACAGCGAUGGCAACGAGUUUAUGGUUCACCGAGCUGGGUCAUGGCUGAUAGGAGUGAUGAGGUGCAGCUACCAGGCUCAUGUAAAUAAUUAAAGUUUGUUCCAAUUAUUUAUAGCGAUGUUGGAAGCGCGGUUUGAAGUCUUCACAGAUUCAAGUCGUGAAUUUCGACGGAUAAGUAAAUGUUAAAGUACAGUUGAAUCAAAAUACCUGGGGCAGUGAGCUAUGGAAAACGCCUAAGUUUUUAAAUUUCGUCGAAUGUUAUGUCCACGGUACGGUUAAACCUAAAAUAAAUUUGUAUUACCUCUACAUCAAUGAAUUCUAACAUGAGCGCUGGUGCUAAGAAUAUUAUUUAUGUAAACUAAGUUGUAUAGUAAGUUUAACCAAAAUAAGAAUGGAAGAUGGUGCCUGUGAAAUGCAAAAUUGUACUACGGUCUAUCCCGGGUACUUUCCUGCCGCCAUUGUGUAAAAAUUGGUGUGUUAGGAAUAUAUUGUAAAAAAAAUGUUUUCUGGUAAUAUAAUCCAGUCUUCAGGGUCAGCAUCUGUUAAAUAAGCUACAAUGGGAGAAAUCGAUUAAUGUGCUUACUUCGGAAUAUAAAAUCAAACGACGCAACAAACCUUGUUGAUUAUA